ACCAAAAAUGAGCAAUGGGUUGGAUUUGCUGUAAGGCCCGAACUGGCUUUCUGUUCCAAGCAUUUCCUUCCCGAUUCUUCCUCUCUCUCUCUGAUUCUCUGAACCAAACCAAAACGCAACGCAAUCAUAAUAAAACGCACCACCGUUUCUCACUCUCGACUGCAAGUGCCGUCAUGUCUCAUCAAGACAGCGAAUCCGAUCCGCAUUCCCAACACACCCGGCUCUACAACCCUUACCAAGACCUCAGUGUCCCCGUCCAGACCCUUUAUCAGCUCCCUACCUCCCCGGAGUUCCUCUUCUCCGAGGAGUCUCUCCACCAGCGCCGCUCCUGGGGCGAGAAUCUAACUUUCUACACUGGCACCGCCUAUCUCGCUGGCUCCGUCGCCGGUGGUGUUACUGGUUUCUUCUCCGCCAUCAGGUCUUUCGAGCCCGGUGAUACGCCAAAGCUCAAGCUCAAUCGGAUCCUAAACUCCUCUGGCCAAUCGGGUCGGUCGUGGGGCAACCAGAUCGGGGUGGUAGGGUUAAUUUAUGCGGGGAUUGAGAGUUCAGUGGUGGCUGCAACAGAUCGGGACGAUAUGUGGACUAGCGUUGCCGCGGGGCUUGGGACAGGGGCCCUGUGUCGGGCUGCUAGAGGGGUUCGGUCUGCGGCGGUUGCUGGCGCGUUUGGUGCGGUGGCAGCUGGGGCUGCAGUGGCUGCGAAGCAAGGUUUUAAGAGAUACGUUCCAAUUUGAGGUUGGUUUGAUUGUCCUUUUUUGAUAGAAUUAGAACUGAAUCGUCGGAAAUGUUGCUGUAACUGUAUGCUUAGCCAUGGCAUAAUGAAAUUAUUUAAUGUAUGAUCAUCGUUGGACAUGCAUACCCGAGUUUGAUAAGAAAUUGUUAUCACAGUAAUAUGUAGUAAUUUAUUGAGAACUCGUUCAAUGAUCAAUAGCACCGUGCACAAUAAACUCGA